AUGUGCCUGAAACACUUGUCUCCCGAGGAGAUAUUCAAUGGCGUCCGUGACGAGUCCGGGACGGUAGUCCAAGUCCUCUCCCCUGAAAAUCGUCAAACCUGCGCGCUAGCAAUGAAACCGUUCUGGAAGCUUUCCGGCGAGACAUUCUCCUACAUUCGGCGUAUACCUAUGCUGUGCUUGUCGCCUGAUCACUGUUUACCAAUCAAAGUAGAGGUGAUGGGAGAGAACUUUUUCCCCUUCCCGUCUUUGGGGCCCUUGGACGACUCUCCCCUGGGAGUACGCGGAGACCUGUGCAGCGAGUGCGACUUAAUCGCCAAAGAUGCGCAUGAGGACAGAAUUCAUGAAGCUUGGAAUCGUUUACCUGGUAUAUUUGGGCUGCCUGGCUGGGAAGAGCUUCGUACAAGCCAAAGGGAACAAGGUGAUUCGAGCUCCACCCCAGCGCUUAUCGUCAACUUUAUCAUCUCCGAAUCGGAGACGCUAUGUAGCAUCCCCAAGGAACAUCGUGCUACUCAUGUACCCUUUCACUUGUCAACUUGUGCAUGUCUGGUCAAGCGCCUUGAGUUACUCUGUGUCCCAAGUAUAUGCCUGAAGUAUGGGGCUUCCACCGUGGCGCUAUUGGUAUACGGUGUCGUCCAAAACUUCGGGGGCAUUGGUUGCUCUGUGGACGUCACAAGACAUCGUGUCCCCGCGCAUUACCUACACUGA